AUCGGGCACAACACAGGACUUCCGGUCAUAUCUCACGUCCGGCCUCUGGGUUGCUGACGUUCUUUUCCGGUCGUGGCGGCUCCAGAUAGGCAAUGGGGAUGCACACGAUGAGGCUGCUGGCAUUUGUGACGUUGGUUCUGUCAGCUGUCACUCGUGCAGAGGAAGGAGCCAGGCUUUUGGCUUCCAAAUCACUGCUGAACAGAUAUGCUGUGGAAGGGCGGGACCUGACCUUGCAGUACAACAUCUACAACGUUGGCUCAAGUGCUGCAUUGGAUGUGGAAUUAUCUGAUGAUUCCUUUCCCCCAGAAGACUUCGGCAUUGUCUCCGGUAUGCUCAAUGUCAAAUGGGACCGGAUUGCCCCCGCUAGCAACGUCUCCCACACCGUGGUCCUGCGACCUCUUAAGGCUGGCUACUUCAACUUCACCUCGGCAACCAUCACCUACCUGGCCCAAGAGGAUGGGCCUGUUGUGAUUGGCUCUACCAGUGCACCUGGACAGGGCGGGAUCCUGGCUCAGCGGGAGUUUGAUAGGAGAUUCUCCCCUCACUUUCUGGACUGGGCAGCCUUCGGAGUCAUGACCCUUCCGUCCAUCGGCAUCCCCCUGCUGUUGUGGUACUCCAGCAAGAGGAAGUACGACACGCCCAAAACCAAGAAGAACUGAGCAGGGCUCUCGCCCUCCUCUCUCAAGAAACCAGGUGCUGUCCAGACUCCAGAGGGUCUCUCACAUGCGUCUCUUCGUCCUUAACCCUGGCCACUUUCUCCUGGAUCCUGCUGUCAGCCAGAGUGAAGGCCGGGACCGGGAGUCUUUGGGAGCCUCCUCCGUUCCACGUGAAGCCAUACAAGUAGGGAUGCCUUCGGCCACAGCCUGCAGCCCCACUGAGGCGUUGCUGGUGUUACUGGCAGUGUGCGCCCGUAGGUGUCCAGGACGGGCCUUUGGAGGCUGCCAGAGCCCUCCUCACCCUGCCCUCCCCGUCACAAAGCCGUGGGACUCUUGGAGGCCACCUGGUCUCUGUUCUGGGUAAGGAAGCGCUUACCAAAUGGGGUUUUCUAAUAAAAACAAAUACCACAC